CACCUGCCUCCUCGCGCGGUGUGUGUUGAAGUUUGUUUCCAUGGAGACAGUGGGAGUUGCGAAGCAGACAGUUAUAAGUUUAGAAUACCAGGGAAGUGAAAAUAAACCUGACAAAGCUGAUUUAAAACAGACACAAUGGACACUUCUGAAGAGAGACAUGACCAAUCGCAGGCAGGAGAGCAGAGUUUAUUUCCCAGUACUCGGUCAGAAGAGGAGCCGGAUGAGACCAGAAGAAAGAGGACCUUCAAGCACCUUUUUGGCUCUAGUAAAAUAUUUCUGGCACCAGAAGAGAAACCCUCUGAAAGACCAGAGCUACAGGGGAGCCUUAUCAUUCAGAGCAAGGCCGAAGAACAUUACACAAAUGGACAGGAGGCCAUGGGAAUGUCCAAAUAUGAGAAGGCUGUGAUCUGCUUCUCCAAAGCAAUCACACUGCAGCCAGAACAGACACGGCUGCAUGUGAGCCAGGCGGAGGCCUACCUGCAGCUGUGUGACUUCCAGUCAGCAGCAGCCUGUUAUAAACAGGCCAGGCUCCUGGAGCCCGGAGCCUUCAGCGACCGCUUGGCCUUCAUCUACUAUCUCCAGGGCCAGUGUUUGUUUGACCAAGGCCUUUUCCUGGAUGCUGUGGAGGCCUUCAGGAAAGCUGCUGAGGUUAAGCCUGGCUGUAGUGCUUACAGGAUCAGAAGCCUGGCCUGUCUGACAGCUGCAGGUCACCACUCUGACUGUCUGAAGCUGCUGAACGAGUGUAUAGCAUCAGAUGGUCCUACUUCUGACUAUUACAUCUUCAGAGCCCGACUGCACAAAUUGCUCCAUCAGACAUCAAAAUGUUAUCAAGAUGUAAAGUUGGCAUUGGCUUUGAGCCCAACUUGUCCAAAUGCCAGAGCCAUGUUGCUGCAGCUGCAAGAAGCCAGUGAGUAUGCCAGACAAAAGGCCUUGGACAGAGCGUUGGCUGGCCAACUACCUGAAGCCCUCAGCAUGAUUGAUAUUGCACUGCAGAACUCCCCAGAAGACGAACGCCUUUACCUGUUCAGAGGGACUCUGUAUCGACGUCUAAAAGACUUUACAGCAGCCAUCGAGGAUCUGGUCCAGGCUGUGGAGCUAAGCGAGGAGGAGGAGGAGAGGGAGGUCAGAGGUCAGGUGGAGGCUAAAGACAAGAAGGAUGAGCACGGCUCUGUGCAAGAAGAGGCACAGUUUCAGCUGGUCCUUACCUACAAUGACUUUGCUGUUCAGUGCUUCAGCAGAGGCCUCUAUGCUGAGGCCACUCUGCUCCUCAACAAGGCCAUCGAGGAGGAGAAGGGCCAAGCCGGCCUGUACCUGAACCGAGGAGGGUGAUUGGAAUUUUGCUCUGGCUGACUACCAGCAGGCUGAGGAGAUGAUGCAACCUAAUGACCCUGCUGUCCGACUCCGUUGCGCUGUCCUCCAUAACAC